AUGUCUCACCUGGUAGAAAGCGAUAGUUCAGAUGAAGAUGUUCUUUAUUCAAUGAACUCUGAUACAAGUGAUGCUGAUAGCAACGAUGUCGAAGAAGAAAGUGUCAGUGGCGAAUCUGAGCGAUCACGGGAAUCAUCAGAUGAUGAAGGAGUUACAAUGAUUGCAGCACAAUUAGAAUCGUGGUCAGGAAAAGUGCUGAAACCUAAUCUACCUUACUAUGAUGGAGAAUUAAAGUUAUCUAAUGAUUUUGAAUCGAAAAUGCCAGCGAAUCUAUCACCGAUGGAUUUUUUUCAACUGUAUUUUACACCGUAA